AAAAUGUUUUGUUAGUUUUAAUUAAUAAACCGCUAUCCCCUAUGGACCAUAAUAUAGGUUUUGUUUCAAGGCUUUAGCCAUAAUGUUAUACUUUACAGGCAUUAAGUAGUUAUAAUAUGAAAUAAGCUAUUCCUGCUUUGCUAUCCCUGAAUGUCUUUACCACCACACAUGCUGAUCCAUUAGUAGAUCAUGGGGGAAGUACCGAUCUUCACAAGCAAAGCUCACGUGUUCGUUAUCGAUCCCGUCACCAAGAAAUCAUGGAUCCCAUCGAGCAGAUCAGCCGUUGCCGUCAAUUUCUUCUUUGAUUCUGCCCGACGAUCAUACAGAAUAAUAAGCGUAGAUGGGACAAAAGCAAUAAUAAACAGCACGGUAACUCCGGACAUGGUGUUCACGAAGACGUCAGCUAAGUUUGGGCAGUGGGCAGACGUGAGGGCUAACACUGUGUACGGACUCGGAUUCGCAACCGACGUUUUGUUGUCUAAAUUUACUGAACAUUUCGAAGACAUAAGAGAGCGAGCAACAGACCUGAGCGAUCAAAAGGAGAUUCGAGCAACAACCAACGGGGAAGUUGAAACUGAUGAUUCGGAUACAAGAAGCGCAAAGAAAGAAGAAUUACAACCGGACGAUGAAAUGUUAAGUUCGGCUUCCGAUGACAGUAGAUCAACUAACCAAAGCAUACAAGAACUCAAAUCAUUGAAAAUAAGCCAUGAUAGACUUAAACUAGCUCUUGCACAAAGCACUGCCAACUCAAAGAAAUGGGAAACGGAGCUCCAAGCUUUGAAAAACACGAACGCUCGUUUGACAACAGCAUUACAGGAGUCUAUGUCUAAUGUAGAUCAAUGGCAUCGGCAACUUACUUUGUAUAAAGAGGAAAAUGAACAAUUUAAAAAGAAGAUUAAAGAGCUUGAAAAUGAUAAGAACAAAGGAGCUGAACUGAACGACAGAGUUGCCGAUCUAAAAAGAGAGAUGGAAAAACUGCACAAGGAGAAUUCCGAGAAAUCGCAAGAGUGCAAUAUGUUGCAACAGAGAAUUGGAGUUCUUACUGUGGUUGAGAAACAACAUAAUGAGUGUUCUGCAAGACACCAGAAAGCAUACGACGAGAACUUCCGUUUGAAAGAACGGAUCUCUGGUUUGGAAGAUCGUCUUAACGACACACAGCGAGAUCGCGUACGACGACAAACGGAGGCUCAACAACUACUCGGCCAACUUGCGUCGCAUCUCACUGACAUCACAGAAGUCACACAAAAGCUGCAAUCUGUCCUGUAGUUCUGAUGUAAAUUCAUCCUUAUAUUUACCAUAUGUAACUUCUGUAACUCUGCCAUUAAGGUUAUUGUAUGCUGCACUAUCGUCAAACAACGUGUUUUCCGCUUCAUCAUUGCUAUACUGCCGCAAUUUCUUCAUUCAUAUUUUAUGUAUGUUCGUUUUACCUACAGUCAAAUCAUAUAUAUUGUUUCAUUUAUAGGUGUUGCUUUUUUAGGCUUGAUUCCCCUAUUACACGAAGCAGUCCGAACAAAUUGCGCUUUACCAGAAUCCUAUUAUUACACCCACGUUUUAUUUGAAAUAGGUGCUUUUGUUUUUACCUUGACGUAGCAAUGAUAGUUUUAUAUUUUACGCAAACAUGCAGUUCCACAAAUUAAGGUUUCUUCAAUGUUUUAUGUUGAUUAAAAUAUAACUGUCAUCCUAAUGUUUAA